UUCAACUUUGAAUAGACAAAAGAUUAUCACUAAAUAAAUUUAUUAGGCAUUUUUUAAUGAUUCACGGGUAGGAAAUAUCAUCCUGUGGGAGGUAACAUCCUGUGAUUCAAAGUGAUAUAAACGAAAGCUGAUAAAUACUUGUCUAUUGUCAUCCCCAACACUUCAGUACGUAGUCGCAUUGUUCGAAUAUUUAAAAUGAAUUUAAAAUUAAUUAUGUUUUCCCAAAAAUUAACUACACUGAGUGAAGAAGAAUUUAGAAGAAAAAGAUAUCAAGCUGGUUAUUUAAACACAAUCCGAUUCGAGCAUUACCUCAUCACGUCACAGCCGCAGAUUGGAUCGUUUGAGCACUUUUCGAAGCAAGAAAACGAAAAGAAAAAUCGUUAUCCUGACAUCAUCUGCUGGGACGCUUCACGUGUGAAGAUAACUCAAAAGAACUGUGAUACUGACUACAUUCACGCCAAUUUCGUGGACCAUUAUGAAACAUCGAGGAAGUUUAUAAUAGCAACACAGGGGCCUCUAAAAGAAACAAUUGAUCAGUUUUGGCAAAUGGCAUGGGAGCAAAACUCCCGUAUAAUUAUCAUGCUGACAAAAUUUCAAGUUGCCGGAGAAGAAAAAUGUGCUAAAUACUGGAACGCGGACAACCCACAAGUGAAGUUUCAAGCAGGUGAGCUGUCAAUCAAAAUAGUAGAUGUCACACAAAGUUCGGAUUACAUCACAACGAUAUUUGAAGUUUUUAAUUGCACCACCGAGGAAAGCAGGCUGAUUAUGCAUUAUCAGUACUUAGACUGGCCAGAUCAAAAAGUACCUCCUAAAUGCGAAUCAUUGAUGAAGCUCAUUAUAGAUAUGACUGAAGAGCAUCAGAAGAUUUUAAGAAAAGCAACAAAUGCACCCACUGGACCUGUUAUUGUUCACUGUAGUGCUGGGAUUGGAAGAACAGGAUCGUUUUGUGCUACAAACUUAUGUAUAACUCAAUUAGCAAAAACCGGAAAAAUCUCAGUACCCGAAAUAGUAAUGCAAGUACGAAAACAAAGACGUUCAAGUGUUUUCGCUGUAGAACAAUAUGUAUUUAUUUACACUGUGCUAUAUGAGUUUUUGCGGCUGUUUGACAUGUAUCCAGAGGUGAAACAACUUUUUUGUGAGUCUUGACUGAUGUAUUUUGCACAUUUGCACUAAUUAUGAGCUAAUAUUUUAUAUAAAAGUAAUAUAAUCGUUGUUAAAAUGUAAUCGUAAUUGAUUAAAAUUAUUAAAGGAAUUGACACUGUAAUUUUUGUGAAAUAAAAUGAUGCGCAUACCCCUCGUUUUAUUUCAAACUAUCAGCUUAGCAACCAAAUGAAAAGAAUACUCAUAUUGUAUUGCCAUUCUUAGGCAAAGAAUAGAUCAAAGAUGGCCUAAAUUCUGAACUUUUCAUUGUUAAGCCGAUCUCACUACCAGAUAAGGGUCAUAUAAAAAGAAAAUUAUGUAACAGUUUUCAGUACUUCAGUCUUGUCUUUCUUUUGUUUAAGACCUAUAACUUUCUUCUAAAAAAUGGAUCCUGCUACUAUUGCAAAUAUUUUUAGAAAAGUAUCGUCAACUGGCACUAAUAUAUUCCAUGAAAUUGCUGCUGAAGGCUCUAUUAUACUUUUGGAACGAGUAAGUCAGUUUAUAAUGCCCUCAAACAAAAUUCUUCUGCAAGAAAAUAACUACAGUGGACAGCAAUGUGUUCAUAUCGUCGCCUACCUCCAUACAGGGCAACUUGCAAUAGAUCUUAUGGA